AUGGGAUAUACCCGAUAUACCCCAGGCCCCGGAGCUGCAACAGGUCGCGUGGCCGCGGGACACGCGGCUGCGGCAGCUGCCGGUGCGGCCGAGACGGACUGGAAAAGGAUCGCGGACGUCGUGAAACCGUUGGCCGUUCUGGGCAGCGACUUUCAAGAGGUCCUCUUGUUGGACGCUGACAACCUCCCUGCAGUGGAUCCCAGCUUUCUCUUCGACGAGCCGCAGUACCGCGCCACGGGCGCGCUCUUUUGGCCCGACCUGUCGCCCUUCGAGGAGAAGAUGCCAGAGCAGUGGCUAGCAUUGAGUGCAGGUCACUGGCUCUCUCGCCCCUGCAACCUCAGGUGGGAACAAGAAAGUGGACAGCUGCUCGUGGACAAGGACAGAUGUGCGGCGCCAAUCCGUCGCGCAGCCAGCAUGGCCCUGCACUUGAGGGAGUUGUCGGCCUAUUUGCCGGGCGAUGGCGGUGACAAGGACCUCUUCCAGAUCGCGUGGAGACUGGAAGGCCAUGACUUCGGCAUGUGUCCGCUACCUGCAGCCGCUGGGCGUUUGCAGCCCGAAUGCUCCGGCACGGUGCAUGGGCCUUUUGUAGGCGAGACCAUGGUGCAUCAUUCCUCCAAGGGUUUGCCUUGCUUUUUGCACCGGACCAUCGACAAGCACGAGGACAUGUGGGAGUUGCACUGGGAGGUCAUUGCUCGACCCCUGAAGGAGACGCAGUGCUUGUGCUUGCAGAGGAUUUGUCCCGAUGCCAAGGUCAAGGCGCGAAUGGUGCCGACACGCGCUGCGGACGUGGAGGUGCUGCCGUUCGACCACGUCGUCGUCGGAGACCUCCGCACGCGCUUCGCACGGAUCGUUGCGGAGCUGAGAACAGCAGGAGAUCCAAAAGGCUCCUCCGCUGCCAGUGGCUUGGCUGCCGAUGCAGGCGCCGGUCCAGUGCCACAGCCGCCACCAGUGCCGGCGCUGUGCGGCCACCACAGCGCUGGAAUCUUCCACCUUUGCCGUGGCCGUUGCAGGCAUUUUGCCAAUGGCAGGUGCCAGCGGCCGUGGAGCUGUAAGUUUUGUCACGCUUGGUGA